AUGGGCAGUGGGCCCCCAGCACAGGGUCUAGCUACUCUAAACCUCCUUCUGUUCCAGGUGCCCACGGGGUGGACAAUGAGACUGGUGACAGCAGCUCUGUUGCUGGGUCUUGUGGCGAUGGUGACAGGAAACCCAUGUACCCCUGAGUCCCUGCCGGCUGAAGAUGCUGCCCUGUGCAAGGGCCUUGAAGUUCACUACCCAGAGGUGGGGAACGUUGCCUGCAAGAUUAUUCCUAACUGCAACAACUUCAGACAGAAGAUUACCUCCUGGUCUCAGCCGUUAGUCAAGUACCCGGAAGCCGAGGACGGCUCAACCUAUAUCCUGAUGAUGGUGGAUCCGGAUGCCCCUAGCAGGUCAGAACCCAUAAUGAAAUUCUGGAGACAUUGGCUGGUGUCGGGUAUCACGGGCGCGAACAUGAAGACAGGGAUGAUUCAGGGCCAGGAGCUAACGGACUACCAGCCGCCCACCCCACCACCAACCACUGGCUUCCAUCGCUACCAGUUCUUUGUCUACGUCCUUCAGGAAGGAGCGGCCAUCACACUCCUUGAGAUAGAAAACGAAACCCGAGGCGCUUGGCAAAUGGAAGAAUUUCUGAACCGCUUCCAACUGGUAGAGCCCAGAGCAAGCACCCAGUUCACGACCCAGAACCCGCAGGACUCACCAGCACCACCAGACAAGACUACUGGCAGUGGAGGAGGAGACAGUGAGUCCAAGAACAAACCCAAACAUAGUUAA